GAAGAGACGCGUUCUUUUUUCAGUGUAUAAAUUUUGAUAGAUGAUUUCAACUAUAUGAUUUAUACCCAUAUCAAAAUAGGUUAAAGCGAUGGUUGAAUAUUCUGAAUUGAUAAAUAAAGACAUUUCAGUCGAAGAUGCUAUAACUAGGAAUGUGUUGGAUAAACAAAAUGUCCUGGAAGAAUUCAAAUUGAACACAAAUCAACGGAAAUAUGACAAACAAUAUUUUUCAAUGUAUCAAUAUCGAUUCAAGAACUUAAAGGACAGAAUUCAUAUCAAUUCUUUAGAGAAAUGGGGUGAUGGUACUAAGAAAGUUGAUGGUCAACUUGUAAAGAAGCAAGAUAAGAUACUAGAUAUCACCAGUGGUCAAUUAUGUUGGGUUAUCGGUACUGUAUUCUGUGAUUUAAAGAAUAAAUUAAACAUUCUUCAAGACGUUGAAAAGGGUACUGAUGACAUUAUACCCAAUAUUCCUGAUAGUUAUAUUGGUGAUGAUGAUGAUACUUCAUUGGCAGUUAUGAUUGAAGAUGAAUCUGGUAGAGCCAUUUUACAUAAUGAAGAAUUUUUACAAAAGAAUAUUCUUGUUAGUGGAUGUAUAGUAGGUGUAUUAGGAAUUGAAAUUCAAGCGGGAAUAUUUGAAAUAAUGGAUAUUGCAUAUCCUACAUUUGCUCCACAACCACCGUUAUCGUUGGAAACUGGUAGUGGUAAUAACAAGAUAGCUCUUAUUUCAGGUUUAAAUAUUGAUUAUCAUGUUAACGAUAUCAAAUUAGAUUUAUUAACUGAUAUUUUAACUGGAGAAUUAGGCCUGGAAAAGGAAAGAGAUUUAAUUAAAUCCAUAAGUAAAUUAAUUAUAGCAGGAGAUUCUAUUAGACCAUUAAAAAUAAUUGAUAAUGGAGAAGAUUUUGUAACUACAAAUAAUUAUGGAUCAAAAAUUCAAUCUCGAUUUGAUUCCAAAUCAGUUGAAAAAUUUGAUAAAUUUUUAUCGGAGAUUUUACCUAGUUUACCAAUAUCAAUUAUGCCAGGGAAUAAUGAUAUUGCUGAGAUUUGUUUACCUCAACAACCAUUACAUAAAUCUACAUUUCAUAAUAAUUAUCAAUUUUUAAGUGAUCCAAAUUAUUUACAAAAUUUAACUAAUCCUCAAUGGUUUGAAAUUAAUGGAAUUAAAAUAUUAGGUACAGCAGGUCAAAAUGUGGAAGAUAUUCUCCGAUAUAUAAAUAAAUCAUCCGAUGUUAAUAAUGAAGAAGUUAAAUCAGAUAAGAUUUUAUCAAUUAUGGAAUCACAAAUUAAAUGGCAAAAUUUCGUACCUACUGCUCCGGAUACGUUAUAUUGUUAUCCAUAUGAUGAUUUUGAUCCAUUUAUAUUUGAAAAGGAAACUCCUCAUGUUUAUUUUGUAGGUAAUCAACCUAAAUUUGGUAGUGAAUGGUAUAAAUAUGAUGAUGACAAAUUCGUAAGGCUUAUUAGUAUACCUAAAUUUAGUGAGACUGGAGAAAUUAUAUUAUUAGAUUUAGAUAAUUUACAAACUGAGGUAAUUAAAAUCAGUGUAUAAUAUUUAUAGAAUCAAAAGGUGACUAUUAACUUCCUUUGAAAUAAGUAAGACAAUGUACAUACGAUAAAAUUCAAAUAUAGAAAAUAAUAUAAGAACAAAAUCCUAACAUAACAAUCAAAAUCUAGUACGUAAAAGUGUAAAUCAUGUAAGUUAAUGUAGAAAUAAAGUAAGAUUUGGCGUAAGGGUG